GUUGCGUCCAAGCAUCAAUUCCAGCACAGAGGCUAUAGAACCACAACAGAGCUCGCCUUUAUUUCAUUUUAAAAACUCUUCCCUCCCUUUCGGAUCUGACUUAUUUGCCUUUGAACAAAGCCAGGAUAAGGAUAGGUGCUCUAGCAAAGACGUGAAGCGAUCCCAUUCAGGUGUGGUGUGCUCAGGUGAGGUUAAAGGCGCGUACAGGACAAGUCUUGCGCGCUCAUGGCACCCAAGACGCGCUCCCGACAUCCCUCAUAGCGCGCAACAUGGAGCCGCACGUUGGAUAACAACUCCUGCUUUUUUUCUCCCUCAGCUUUCAUCAUACCAAGCGUACCUCAUAAGCGUAUUCUUAAUUAGAAGUAUUUUGUGUGGUAGAGGAAAAGAUAAUGUUGGCUUUGGACGGGAUACUGAGCGCACGGCCAGCCCGCAUUCAGAGUUGUGGAUCCCGAGGACUUUCAUCCAAGUCACGUCAGAACCCUGGUGCCGGUUCGAGGAUUUACUGUGUGUGUAUUUUGUUGCUGCUGCUGGUCACCCCACGAGUGGAUUCUUCAUGGUGGUACAUUGGUGCGCUGGGUGCCCGCGUCAUCUGUGACAACAUCCCAGCAUUGGUGAACAAGCAACGGCAACUGUGUCAGCGCCACCCGGACAUCAUGCAGGCCAUCGGCGAGGGCACCAAGGAGUGGAUCAGAGAGUGCCAGCACCAGUUCAGACAUCAUCGCUGGAACUGCAGCACGCUGGAACGUGAUCACACUGUGUUUGGACGUGUCUUGCUGAGAAGCAGCCGCGAAGCAGCCUUCGUCUAUGCCAUCUCCUCUGCCGGGGUGGUGUAUGCGCUUACUCGUGCCUGCAGCCAAGGGGAGCUGAAGAUGUGCAACUGUGAUCCGCACAAGCGAGGACGACACAAGGAUGAGAGAGGAGAAUUUGACUGGGGAGGAUGUAGUGACAAUAUCAACUAUGGGAUCAGGUUCGCCAAAGCCUUCAUAGAUGCCAAAGAGAGGACUGUACGAGAUGCACGAGCGCUCAUGAACCUGCACAAUAACCGCUGUGGCAGAACGGCAGUGAAGCGUUUUAUGAAGCUGGAGUGCAAAUGUCACGGUGUGAGCGGUUCAUGCACACUACGGACAUGCUGGAUGGCCAUGUCGGACUUCAGGAAGACUGGUGAUUACCUGAGGAGGAAAUACAACGGGGCCAUUGAAGUAACAAUGAACCAAGAUGGCACAGGCUUCACUGUCGCAAAUAAAGCCUUUCGAAAAGCCACCAAGAAUGACCUGGUCUACUUUGAGAACUCUCCGGAUUAUUGUCUGCAGGACAAGUCAGCAGGCUCCUUUGGCACUGCUGGGCGGGUCUGUAACAAGACAUCACGCAGCACAGAUGGAUGCGAGGUCAUGUGCUGUGGGCGGGGCUACGACACCACCAGAGUCAGACAAGUCACCAAGUGCGAGUGCAAAUUCAAAUGGUGCUGCGCCGUGGAGUGUAAGGACUGUGAAGAAGAUGUGGAUAUACACACAUGCAAGGCCCACAAACGAGCUGAAUGGUUGGACAAGACCUGAGAGCCUGCGCCCCUCCUGAGAUGGAACCCCAACCCUUCCCCCUUUGCAGGCCAUCCUGCGGAAAAUGGCAUUCUGGGAAAGUGUGUCUGAAAGCGCUCUGCAUCUUCGCCAUCCCCUGCCCCCAUCUCGGUUCAUCUUUGCAUGGCUUAUGUACCUGUUUGUGUCAAAGCGUUAGAAUUGCGUGCCCAUCAGUAUAAAUAAAAGCCCAUUAGCCAGUGUGAACUGCUGGGAUGAGGAUGAAAAGUGAAAAAGUUGAAACUUGGUGUUGAGAUGGAUUGGGCUUAAUGUUUCAGUCCUUUGGAAUUUUUUUUCUAGUGUGUUGUUGUGGGUUUGAAAUGGUUUGCUGCUUUCAUAAUGCUUUAAAGACCUUAACUGAGCCCUCAAACCAGUAUUAUAACAUCAUAUACUCACAUACAGUACAGUAUGUUCCUUUGUUUUGAUGGGAGGGGAAGUACAUUUUUACACACAGAAACAAAUGUUGGUUUUAGACUUGCUGCACUUUGACCAGUGGACAUUGAAGCUAAAGAUGUCAAAAUGAAAUCCAUGCAGAGGAUGAAGGAAAACAUGGAGAUGGACACUAGUUGAAUAAAAGGACAGAUAAGUCAUUGGAACUUUGAAUGCAACUGUAAGGAAAAUUGGAAUGUUUUUUUAAAUGAUUUAUUUAAAUAUUAUGAAUUGUUGGUUAAUUUCCUUUCUUUGAAUGUGAUGCACUUCAUUGACGGACACAAGGAGCGUACUCUUGUUACGAUGUCAUUGAGGAAAAGAAGAAGCGAGCCUGGAUGGAGCAGUCGGUCACACAGUAACCAAAAGUCAGAUUUUACUUAUUUGUUCUUGAGCUUGCUUGUAUAACAUUGUGUACUAUAUUGCCUUAUCCAAACAGAUGUUCAUAUGAAAUAUAUGGUUAGAAUGAC